UGAAAGUAAUGGUUUACAGCCUGAAGACCAUCGACAGAAACAGGACUACCUGUGUUCGGAGACUCUUCUUACCCUCCAGGCUAAAGGUUCAGGCAGACAGGUGUGUCCCGUGUCUCCUGUGUGCCAACACCUUCAAGAGUUUAAUACAUAAUACUGUAAUUCAUAACCAAUCAGAAGUAUUCCAGUGCAGGAGGAGGAGCAGAAAUUAGGCUUUAAAAACUGAUGCCAGGAGAACUAUUGUUGCAUCGUUGUAUUCCAGAUCUGUAGUUAUUCGUGCAGUCUGAGGCAACUACAACAACACUGUCGACAUGCUGGCCAUCAAACUGAUGAUCUUGGCCUUCCUGGCUGCUGCUUGGGCUCCUACAGUUGGCGGAUUCAGAGUCGAUGUUGCAUGUCCUGGAGUUAACAAUGAGCUGCGAUGUCCUGAAGGAUCUACGAUUCACAUAAGGUACUUAACCCAUGGUUCCCAAAGCACUAAAAUCUGCGCUGCCAGACACAAGCGUGCCAGGACCCCUAGAAUGAACUGCCUCCAACCAGGGUUGCGUCCUUGGUUCAGGCUGAUAUGUGACAAAACCCAACACUGCCGACUGCCCAAGCCCGAUGUGAGGAUGUUUAGACCAAACUGCGGUGACCCAAAAACACAGUUUAUUCAGGUCCACUACAUCUGCCGCAAAAACAGAGGUGAUGUGUAUAACGCUGUUGCCUGUGAAGGACAGGAUGCCCAAAUGAAGUGCGACAAAGGAUGCAUAAAGGUUAUCAAAGCCUAUUUUGGACGUCAUGAUGAGACAACCUGCAACAACACCCCUACCAAGAUGACGUUCUGUACAAGUUACACAGCUGAUACAUACGUCAAAAAGACGUGCGUAUUUAAUCAAGACAAAAGCUUUUCAGUUGUGGCAAAGGGAAUAAGAUAUUUGUACAAAACUGUGUUUUGUCUUGAAUGUAAUUUUCGUUACUUUUUCUGUUACGCAAUAAUAAUUGUGUCAAGUAAACAGAGGAGUAGCAGUAUUAACACUUCUCUCUGUAUCAUUACGAGGAGUCAGUCGAUCAAAAUUGCUGGUGUAUUGUUCAUUGUGAUUUGUUUUUUGAUUUAAAUUGGCUUUCUUUUUAAUCUAUCCACAGGUGUAACAAGCAAAAAGUGUGCGAUGUUAAAGCCGUCGCUGAAACGCUGGGGACCCCUGUUAAGUGUGAUGCUCUUCCCAAGUACCUUUAUGUGGAUUAUGUUUGUCAGGUGAGCAGGAUUAAAAAGGCAUGUGUUGUGGUUGUUUCUGCAAAGAGUUAAACCUCUUAGCGUGCCAUGUAAUAAUUGUGGAUGUUUAUUUUUUGCUGUUGUUCUCAUU